CCAAAAGGCAGGUUGAGAGCAGCAGAGGCACAGAGUCCAGCCUUGGUCCCCAGGCAGCCAGCUCGCCCGCCGCCCGUCUCUCUGUCCCCAGAGCCAUGGAGAGAGCCAGUCUGAUCCAGAAGGCCAAGCUGGCCGAGCAGGCUGAGCGCUACGAGGACAUGGCGGCCUUCAUGAAGGGCGCGGUGGAGAAGGGCGAGGAGCUCUCCUGUGAAGAGCGAAACCUGCUCUCGGUGGCCUACAAGAACGUGGUGGGCGGCCAGAGGGCGGCCUGGAGGGUCCUGUCCAGCAUCGAGCAGAAGAGCACGGAGGAGGGCUCGGAGGAGAAGGGCCCGGAGGUGCGCGAGUACCGGGAGAGGGUGGAGAAGGAGCUCCGCGGCGUGUGCGACGCCGUGCUGGGGCUGCUGGACUCCCACCUCAUCAAGGAGGCAGGCGAGGCCGAGAGCCGCGUCUUCUACCUCAAGAUGAAGGGCGACUACUACCGCUACCUGGCCGAGGUGGCCACCGGCGACGACAAGAAGCGCAUCAUCGACUCGGCCCGCUCCGCCUACCAGGAGGCCAUGGACAUCAGCAAGAAGGAGAUGCCGCCCACCAACCCCAUCCGCCUGGGCCUGGCCCUAAACUUUUCUGUCUUCCACUACGAGAUCGCCAACAGCCCCGAGGAGGCCAUCACGCUGGCCAAGACCACUUUCGACGAGGCCAUGGCCGACCUGCACACCCUCAGCGAGGACUCCUACAAGGACAGCACCCUCAUCAUGCAGCUGCUGCGAGACAACCUGACGCUCUGGACAGCCGACAACGCCGGCGAAGAGGGCGGGGAGGCUCCCGAGGAGCCGCAGAGCUGAGCCGCCCGCCGCCGCCCUGCCCCCUCCGGUCCCCGACGCCCCGCGGAGAGGACUACUACGGGGUGGGAGGCGCCCCCCUUCUCCCCCUCGCUGCGCCGCCCCGGCUCCCAAAGGCUCCUUGGAGAAGGGAGCCGCUGAGCCGAGGCCGCCCGGGGGUCUCGCUCUCCCUGCAAGCCGCGGGGCGCUCCCAGCCCCUGGCCGCCCCCCCACCCUGCUCUCCGCACCCCUUCCCCUCCCGCCUCGCCUCCCUCCUGCCCCUGCUGCCUCCGGCUGCUCGCCCUGCGGCUGAGCGCGGCGCCGGGCGGCAGAGGCGGGAGCUGGGGUGCGCGUGUGACUGUGAGUGAGCGAGAGGGAAAGCGUCUGUCUGCCGGCGGUGACCGGCUCGGCUCAAUAAACUCCCCGUGACACUCA